GUAACUGAUCGAUCACAGGUUGUAUAUAUAAUGAGCGAGUCUACAAAUAGUAGUAGUAGUAAUGUCACCGUCGAACCUUCAUCAUCAUCAUCAUUGAAUAAACAACAACAGAUACAUAAUAAUCAACAAAAUAUACAGCAACAGAGCCAACAACAAGGGCAACAACAACAACAGACACAACAAUCAUCACAAGUGAAUGGCACUUCUUCAUCAAAUACAACUGCAACAACAACGACCACAACCGACACAAAUCAACACCAACAUCUGAGCCAACAACAAGUACUUCAACAACAACAGAUGCACUUGUCACAAGCGAGUAAACUGUUGCAUAUGCAACAACAGGGUCCUCCCCAACUAUCCCCGCCCGCUCUCUUUGGCAUAAUCGAGCCACAACUCUACCGCACCAACUCACUCUACCCGGUCAACUUCCCCUUCAUCAAGAUGCUGGGUCUCAAGACCGUUGUGCAACUGUCUCCCGAGGUCCCGAUCAAGGCCGUCACCACCUUCCUCGAAGAGAACAACAUCAAUCUGAUACAUCUUGGGCUCAAGGCAUGGAAGGCAGACACAUCUUGGAAGCCUGUGACAGAAGAGUUGAUUAAGGAGACGAUGGAGAUUGUGUUGAACUAUGACUUCUAUCCUUUGAUGAUCACGUGCACGUCUGGAAUACACCAGACGGGUGUGCUGGUGGGAUGUCUACGCCGCCUGCAGAACUGGAACCUCACGUCCAUCCUGGUGGAGUACCGCAGCUUCACGGGACAGAGCAACACACGCUACGUUAACGAGCAGUUUAUCGAGCUGUUUGAUGUCGAUCUUGUAACGUUGCCCAAUAACCUGCCGCGUUGGUUCGUUGAACAACAACGUCUGUUGGAGGAAGAGGAAGAGAAUGAUGACUUUGAUGAUUGGAGACAACAGAGCGACGACGCCAACAACAGCAACAACAACAGCAACAACAACAACAUUAGU